GAGCCCCACCCCUGGAACUUCCUCUUUCGGGGUUCUUCCUUUCUCUCUCAGCUCUCCGUCUCUCUUUCUCUCUCAGCCUCUGUCUUUCUCCCUGUCUCCCCCACUGUCAGCACCUCUUCUGUGUGGUGAGUGGACCGCUCACCCCACUAGGUGAAGAUGUCGGCCCAGGAGAGCUGCCUCAGCCUCAUCAAGUACUUCCUCUUCGUUUUCAACCUCUUCUUCUUCGUCCUGGGCAGCCUGAUCUUCUGCUUCGGCAUCUGGAUCCUCAUCGACAAGACCAGCUUCGUGUCCUUUGUGGGCUUGGCCUUCGUGCCUCUGCAGAUCUGGUCCAAAGUCCUGGCCAUCUCGGGAAUCUUCACCAUGGGCAUCGCCCUCCUGGGUUGUGUGGGGGCCCUCAAGGAGCUCCGCUGCCUCCUGGGCCUGUAUUUUGGGAUGCUGCUGCUCCUGUUUGCCACGCAGAUCACCCUGGGAAUCCUCAUCUCCACUCAGCAGGCCCAGCUGAAGCGAAGCUUGCAGGACGUCGUAGAGAAAACCAUCCAAAAGUACGGCACCAACCCCGAGGAGACCGCGGCCGAGGAGAGCUGGGACUACGUGCAGUUCCAGCUGCGCUGCUGCGGCUGGCACUCCUCGCAAGACUGGCUCCAGGUCCUCAUCCUGAGAGGUAACGGGUCGGAGGUGCACCGCGUGCCCUGCUCCUGCUACAACUUGUCGGCGACCAACGACUCCACAAUCCUAGAUAAGGUGAUCUUGCCCCAGGUCGGCAGGCUUGGACAGCUGGCGCGGUCCACACACAGUACAGACAUCUGCGCGGUCUCUGCAAAGAGCCACAUCUACCGCGAGGGCUGCGGGCAGAGCCUCCAGAAGUGGCUGCACAACAACCUGAUUUCCAUAAUGGGCAUUUGCCUGGGCGUCGGCCUACUCGAGCUCGGAUUCAUGACGCUCUCGAUAUUCCUGUGCAGAAACCUGGACCACGUCUACAACCGGCUCGCUCGAUACCGCUAGGCCCCGCCCUCCCCAAAGUCCCGCCCCGCCCCCGUCACGUGCGCUGGGCACUUCCCUGCUGCCUGUAAAUAUUUGUUUAAUCCCCAGUUCGCCUGGAGCCCUCCGCCUUCACAUUCCCCUGGGGACCCACGUGGCUGCCUGCCCCUGCUGCUGUCACCUCUCCCACGGGACCUGGGGCUUUCGUCCACAGCUUCCUGUCCCCAUCUGUCGGCCUACCACCACCCACAAGAUUAUUUUUCACCCAAACCUCAAAUAAAUCCCCUGCGUUUUUGGUAAAA